UACACCGGAUGCAGUAGAGAGGCAGUACGGCGACCUAUCCAACAUGGGCGACAAGUAAGCACUUCGCUCAAUCUUGUUUCUACGGCAGUUUAUUGUUGAUAUCUGUGCUUCUCAGUGCUUGACCGGGGCGCAUACUGGUUUCAAAGUCCAACUAAUGCAGUGCGUAAUAAUGAAGAGCUCAAAGGAAGCCGUUCAGACAGCAGCUAAAGAGUUUUUGCAGUUUGUAAACAGAGGGGUAUCUCCAUAUCACGUGGUGGAAGAAUGUCGAAAACGUCUACUGGCGGCGGGAUUUGUGGAACUGAAGGAGACAGAAAAGUGGGAUGUUCAGCCAACUAAGAAAUACUUUGUGACACGAAACUUUUCCAGUGUCAUCGCCUUUGCGAUUGGUGGGCGUUACUCUCCUGGAAAUGGCUUCUCCAUGGUUGGAGCCCAUACAGACAGCCCCUGUCUCAGGGUGAAGCCAAGGUCGAAGAGGACAAAGCAAGGAUGCCUCCAGGUUGGUGUGGAGUGCUACGGCGGAGGAAUCUGGAACACCUGGUUUGACCGUGACCUUACUGUUGCGGGCCGUGUCAUGGUUAAGGGAGAUGGCAAACUGCUCCAUCGGCUGGUGCAUGUGCCACGACCUGUGCUGAGGAUCCCUCACCUGGCUAUCCACCUACAGAGGGACAUCAAUGACUCCUUUGGGCCCAACAAGGAGAACCACCUAGUGCCCAUUCUGGCCACCGCCGUCCAGGAAGAGCUGGAGACAGGUAAUGCGUCUUCAGGCGACGCCUGUGGCGCUGCCAGCACGGCUGACAAGCACCACCCAGCACUGGUGAAGCUUUUAUGUUGGGAGCUCCAAGUUGAGCCUGAAACGCUUCUUGACUUUGAGCUCUGUCUUGUUGACACUCAGCCAGGGGCAUUAGGAGGCGCGUAUGAAGAGUUCAUUUACUCUCCUCGCUUGGACAACCUCCACAGUUGCUACUGUGCCCUGCAGGCGCUGAUCGAGUCCUGCUCGGGAGAUUCUCUGGCCCAAGAUCCCAACAUCCGCAUGGUGACGCUGUUCGACAAUGAAGAGGUGGGCUCUGUGAGUGCCCAGGGGGCACAGUCCAACCUUACCGAACUCAUCCUCAGCCGCCUGGCCAGCUCUCCGUCCAACCCCACCGCCUUCCAGCAGGCGGCGCCACUAUCCUUCAUGAUAAGCGCCGACAUGGCACAUGCUGUGCACCCUAACUACCAGGAGAAGCAUGAGGAGAACCAUCGGCCAGCUUUCCACAAGGGUCCAGUGAUCAAAUUUAACAGCAACCAGCGCUACGCCACAACUGCUGUGACUGCUGCCGUUGUCCGCGAGAUCGCCAGUCAGGCAGGCGUUCCUCUUCAGGACGUUCUGGUGCGUAAUGACAGCACGUGCGGAAGCACCAUCGGACCCAUCCUUUCCGCUCAGUUAGGUGUCCCCGUGGUGGACAUCGGUGCUCCCCAGCUCUCCAUGCACUCCAUCCGGGAGAUGUGCUGUACCUCCAGCGUGUUGCAAAGCACCACGCUCUUUAAGGCUUUCUUCGAGUUGUUUCCUCGUGUGAGGAGGUCACUGGUGGUGGAUUAGAGGCAGGCGAACAGGAAUAAUCAACAUGAGGUGGAUUCACUUUAAAACAUAAUUGCAUUAGUUACACUUCUGCUCAAUGACAAUAAAUGCAUUCUGUUUCUGAUGAGAGACAUCAGUUUCUCUGUAAAUUGACACUUAAUAAAGGGCAUUUAAAGCUGUGUUUACUCUUUAUGACAUUAUUUUUGAAGAAUCUUGACUGUAAACAUUUUUGAAUUACUGUAGAACACUGUUUUACCACAGCUACAAGGUUUAUGUGUGGAAUAAAAUCAUGGGACAGGCUUUUUUGAGGCGAGGCACACCAUUGGUUAGUCUAUCACGGGGUUUUGAUAAAUACUCACAUUUGAAAUGAAUUUAAAGUCUUACCUUUGAUUGGAACCCAGAACCUUGAGACUGUAAGGCAAAUGUGCUGUCCAAAAACAAACUUCAAAUAAAUUGUUGGUGUCUA